AUGAAAUUCUUCAUAUUCGCGCUGGCCCUGCUCGCCGCUGGUGCCUCUGCCCUCCCCCAAAAUAACCAGGCCGAUAUAGUCAAUAAGGAGGAACGUUUAGUCACUGGCACCAUCAGGAACAUUAUUCGUGAAAUCCAGAAAGCCAUCCAAGACAACCAUAUGGAUCCACUCAUCAUUAAAGAUAUGGAAUACACCUACAACAUUCCUUUUGUCUUUCAGUUUCCAGGAAUUCCUUGCUUUCUGUUAUCUUUUCACAUCUUCGUGAACGUCAGGCUUUUCAUCGACGAUCUCACCUUUGUUGGUGCCAGCGACAUCAAGAUCAACAACCUCGACUACUCGGUUCUUUUUGACAGAUUACGUUUCGACCUGGAACUACCAUUGCUUGCCUUAGAAGUCGGUAACUCUGGUGUUGAGGCUAGUAUCCUGGGAGGCAAUUACGAUGUUACUUUUAAGGGCAGUUCUUCCAUCUCCCGCAUCCGUCUGAGCGGUGAAGUUCGUGUCAACAUUGGCAUCAUCUCCGGUAUCAGCAUCCGAAGUCUUUCAGUCCAGUUCAGCGUUGGAGGAAUCUCGUCUGCUCACGAACUUGUUGUCUUUGGCGAAGAUAUCUCCGAUGAUUUCAACAAUGUGUUCAACAACAUCAUCCCCGACUUCUUGAACACUUACCAGAGUGAGAUCAACCAGCUCCUGACUGACAUCAUCAGAGGUGUGGCUGAUGCUAUUUUGGGCUAAAAAGAAAAUUGGGAAACAAACAAAAAAAAAAACACAUUUUAUUCAAAAUAAUUAACUAAGUCUACGAUGUGACAUUAAAGAAGAAUUUUUUAAAUUCAAUCAUUGUAAUAUUGUAAGACAGUU